AUGUUUGAUCAACAAUCUGAACCACUGGCUGUAUUAGCCAAUCAGAAAGCUCAGGAGUCUUCAAAUGAUGAGUAUUCCAGCCUAUCAUCAGAGGAUGAAGAUUCCAGUGGUUCUGAAUUCAUGGAAGAAGACUUUGGAGAUGAUGAGGACAGAAAGAAACCACCUGUCGUAAGGAGUUCCGGUUCAAGAUCAAGAGAGUUGAGUAAAGAAAGAUUCCUUCCUCUUCCAGAAGCUACCACUUGGUCCAUUGAACAAAAAAAACAGUUUAAGGAUGUUACUGUCUUUGCGGAAUGGCAACCUUUGAAAUCUGAGUGGACACUUUUGAAUGAAAUGGAAAGAAAAGCCUAUGAACCUAUUACAAUGGAAUCUAUCGAAUUUCAAAGAGAAGCAGAAAGCGGAAGGUUGAGCCAAAAAGUCAAAUUAAAAAGAUAUUCGUCUUUUGCUCUCAAUAGUGAUGAAAAGGUAACAACGUUUUUCACUGGUGGGCCAGUCUGGGCUGCCAACUGGUGCCCUCUGCCCCUUGAAUGCACUUCAGCCAAUCAGUACAUAGCCAUCAGUUGUCAUAGAGAUUAUGAAACCACACAUACUUAUGACGAUCUGUACUCUGAGAAAGGAAUGAUUCAGUUAUGGUGUUUUAAAAUACUGAACAAAAAAAGACAAUAUAGCCUGCCAUACCUGAGUCUGGGAAUAGCUCACGAGUUCGGAGCCAUAUGGGAUAUGAAGUGGUGUCCUAGUGGAGCAUGGGAAGAUGUACAGCAGUCUGGGAAAGAGGUAUCAAGACUUGGAUUGUUAGCGUUGUCCUGUUCUGAUGGCACUGUACGGAUACUCUCCAUAUGUCACCCAGAAUGCACUGAUGAUGAAAGCUUUCCAGUUUACAAGAUGAAACCAAGUGCCGUGUUGAAACCUACACCUACUGUAUCAUCCCAAUGUAAAUGCCUGGACUGGUCACCCGACAUAAACCAUAGAAAACUUGCUGCAGGAUUUACUGAUGGCCUGGUUGUUUUAUGGGAUUUGAUGACAUCAUCACCGCUAUUGAAAACCUCCUCUGGGACGUCUCCAGAAUGCUUCUAUCCAUAUCACUCACUACGAGCGCAUGAAAACUAUAUCACUGAUCUGAAUUGGUGUAAACACUCAGAGACAUACAUGGUGACCAGCGGCGGGGACCGUUACUUGAAGACUGUUGGUGGUCAGUUUCCUCUUGGUUUACACUAUGUAGAGAAUGGAUUCUUUGGUGCCAAACGUUCUUACCUCGCUCCCCUUAACUCGUGUGUGUGGAGUGUAUCAUUCUCUGAAUGGUUGAAUGUAGUAGCAUGUGGUGACAGUGUUGGUAUGGUUAUUGCUAUAGUUUUAUCAAACAUGAUAACUAAAUACAGUAGGCAUGCUAAACACCAUAUGGAAGAUUUGUAA